AUGGCCCGGGGCCUAGACAGCCUUCUGCACCAGCUCGUUUUCAACAACGGACCCCGCCCUGGUGGCUCAGGUGGUGGGAGCAUCGUCCUCUCCAACCUGAACAUCAACGACGUCCUGGGCAAUUACUCGCUGACGCUCGUGGACGCCCUGGACACACUGGCAAUCAUGGGAAAUUCAUCUGAGUUCCAGAAGGCGGUCAAGUUGGUGAUCAACACCGUGUCAUUUGACAAAGAUUCCACCGUGCAAGUCUUCGAGGCCACCAUCAGGGUCCUGGGCAGCCUCCUGUCCGCCCACCGGAUAAUCACGGACUCCAAGCAGCCCUUCGGCGACAUGACCAUCAAGGACUACGACAACGAGCUGCUGCACAUGGCCCACGACCUGGCCGUGCGGCUCCUGCCGGCCUUCGAAAACACCAAGACGGGGAUUCCCUAUCCCCGGGUGAACCUGAAGACGGGCGUCCCCCCCGACAGCAAUAACGAGACCUGCACGGCCGGCGCCGGGUCCCUGCUGGUGGAGUUCGGGAUGCUGAGCCGGCUGCUGGGGGACUCCACCUUCGAGUGGGUGGCCCGCCGCGCGGUGAAGGCCCUGUGGAGCCUCCGGAGCAGCGGCACUGGGCUGCUAGGCAACGUCGUCAACAUUCAGACGGGCCACUGGGUGGGCAAGCAGAGCGGCCUGGGCGCGGGGCUGGACUCCUUCUACGAGUACCUCCUCAAGUCCUACAUCCUCUUCGGGGAGAAGGAGGACCUGGACAUGUUCAACGCCGCCUACCACAGCAUCCAGAGCUACCUGCGCAGAGGCCGGGAAGCCUGCAACGAGGGCGAAGGGGACCCCCCGCUGUACGUCAACGUGGACAUGUUCAGCGGGCGGCUGAUGAACACGUGGAUGGACUCGCUGCAGGCCUUCUUCCCGGGGCUGCAGGUCCUGAUAGGAGACGUGGAAGAUGCCAUCUGCCUGCAUGCCUUCUACUACGCCAUCUGGAAGCGCUACGGGGCGCUCCCCGAGCGGUACAACUGGCAGCUGCAGGCCCCGGACGUCUUCUUCUACCCGCUGCGGCCGGAGCUGGUGGAGUCCACCUACCUCCUCUACCAGGCGACCAAGAACCCCUUCUACCUCCACGUGGGCAUGGACAUCCUGCAGAGCCUGGAAAAGUACACGAAAGUCAAGUGUGGGUACGCCACGCUGCACCACGUCAUCGACAAGUCCAAGGAGGACCGGAUGGAGAGCUUCUUCCUCAGCGAGACCUGCAAGUACCUGUAUCUGCUGUUCGAUGAGGAGAACCCGGUGCACAAGUCCGGCACCAGGUACAUGUUCACCACCGAGGGGCACGUGGUGUCGGUGGACAGGCAUCUGCGGGAGGCGCCGUGGAAGGAGUUCUUCCCCGACGAGCGCGGGCGCGCAGCCGGGUCCUCUCUGCGCAGGCCGGCGGCGCCCGACCUGAAAGUCAUCAACUCCAGCUCCAACCCACCGAGCAGCUGAGGGAAUUCUUCGCCAAGGCGCGGGCCGGCUCCGUCCGGCUCAUCAAAGUCGUCAUUGAGGAUGGUGAGUGCCCCCU